AUGUUACAAUACAAAUCAUCAUUCCAGUUCGACUGCUCCUGCAUGGGUUUAAAUAGCACUGCUGCUGUCCCACAGCCAGCACCGAUACCACGGCCCACGGCAGCGCUGCCUGGCACAGCAGAGGGGCACCCGGGCUGCACAGCAUGGGACCCAGGCCACACUAAGGGCACUUGGCCACAGCAGUACGCACGCUGCCUCCAGGCACCCCGGACUGGGAGAACCAGCUGCACAGAGCUGGCGAGGAUGAACCCGGACUCCGCACAGCCUCUGCAGAGAGGUCCCGAGCCGCCGCGCAAGCCCUCGGCCGCGCUGCAGGCCUUCAAGAGACUCGGCAUCCCCAUCAUUGCCGCUGUGCUGAGCGUCGCCACCCUCGUCGCCAUCGCCUUCCUGAUCAAGGGGCUGGUGGAGCGCUACUACUUCUUCUGCAGCAAAACCUUCAAGUUCAUCCCACUGCAGCAGCUGUGCGAUGAGCAGACCGACUGUUUCUGGGGCGAGGAUGAGGAGCACUGCGUGCAGCGGACCCCGCUCGGCCCCUCUCUGGGAGUCCGGGUGUCCAAGGACGGAUCCACCCUGCAGGUGCUCAACCGGGAGACCGGAGUCUGGUUCUGGGCAUGUCAUGAUAACUUCAAUCUGACGCUGGCCAGUGCAGCCUGCAAGCAGCUGGGAUACGACAGCGUCCCCACUUUCCAGGCCGUGGACACGGUGGACGUGCGGGGCUUGCCCUUCCGAGAGGUUACGCUGAGCAACGGCAGCCUCCACGUGCAGGACACGAGCAGGCAGUGCCUCUCGGGCUCCCGCGUUUCGCUCACUUGCUCCGGCUGCGGUGAAAGCCUCCGCACCCCGCGCAUCCUUGGGGGGGAGCGGGCCACGAUCGAGGCCUGGCCGUGGCAGGUCAGCUUGCAGUACCAGAGGGAGCACAUGUGCGGCGGCAGCAUCAUUGGCCCGCGCUGGGUCCUCACCGCGGCACAUUGCUUCAAGACCAACCCACGGACACAGAGCUGGCACGUGCAGGCCGGCUCCGAGCUGCUCUCCGACGCCAACACCAACACUGCCCUGGUGGAAAAGGUCUUCGUCCCGGACGGCACCUCUGUGAUCCCCCAGGGAGACGACAUCGCCCUGGUCAAGCUGCAGACGCCCUUGCGCCUGUCAGGCGUGGUCAAGCCCGUGUGCCUGCCCUUCUUCGACGAGGACCUCAACCCGGGCACCCCAGUGUGGGUGACAGGCUGGGGCUACACGAGGAGGAACGGUAAACUCUCCUCCGUGCUGCAGCAGGCAGAGAUCCAGGUGAUCGCCCAGAGCGUCUGCAAUGCCGUCAGCGCCUACCAGGGUGAGAUCACGGAGAAGAUGCUCUGCGCCGGCCUGCUGCAAGGCGGUGUCGACGCCUGCCAGGGGGACAGCGGCGGCCCCUUGCUGUACGAGCAGCAGCGCUGGCACGUGGUGGGGAUCGUCAGCUGGGGCCAAGGCUGCGGCGAGGCGAGCACCCCUGGUGUCUACACCAACGUGAAGGCCUACCUCGACUGGAUCCACACCGUGCAAAGGUCCGAGCAGUGAGGUGCCCGGGUGCAGGCCUGCUCCCCUUCCCUGCACCUCCCUUCCCUGUCUGACUGCUGCGCACAAGCUGCUGGGAGCCUGGCCUCCGCCCUCCACCCUGAUCCCCAUCCUGAAGGCCCAGCGGC